UAAGUAUCCAAGUCUUCCUUGAAAUGGGGUUACAGGGCAUCCCCACCCCAUCACUUCCCAAAGCCCUUAUCGCCAGUCCUGGCCAAAGUCUCGAUGGAAAGACGGCUCCGAACGAAUAGGAAUAGAGUGACUGGAAUCGCGGUGGGGCGGGGGAGAUGCCAGGGUUCGGGGGCAAAGGUUUGGCGGGGAGGGAGGGGGCGUGAACAGAAGGACCUUAGUGCUUCGCUGGCUUUGCGCCCCCGCAGUGUCCUCCGGGCCCACCAGAAGGCGCCCCAGCGCUCUCAUUUUCUGCGCGUAGCCUGACGCUCCUCCGCAACCAACACCCGAACCGAGCUGCCGCUAUUUAAAAAGCCGGGCGGCGGCCCGGGCUCUCCCGGCCCGGCAAGUGGGACAGGGUCCCAGGGAACCCUGGAUUUGUUUCUGGGAUUGAAGUGCGGCGGUUUCUCGACUCCGAUCCCCCAACCCGCAGGAAACGCCCAGAACCACCCCAGCGCGGUGGUCUACAAAGCCCGGAGAGUCCAAAGGCGGGCGGGGUCGUGCGCGCUCGAGAGACAGGAGGAUUCCCCGUCACUCUCAGACUCACGCCCGACUCCCCAAUCAGGCCGCCUCCAGCCCCAUGAGGACCCUCAGGCCAGGUCUGAGAGCCUGGCACAGCCCUGACCGAAAUCUUGCGGCGGCCUUAGAGCGUUAAGACAGGUCAGUGCUGGGGCGGGACGCGGGACUGAGCCGGAGGCGGGAGGAGGCGCACGCACCGGUCCACCUUGUCGCCCCGCACGGCUUCGCGAGGCCACGCACGGGGUCACCUCCGCCGGGGCCACCCAGCAGCGCAGGCGUGAUUCUGCAUUUUUCAUGACAGGCAAGGUGUGGCGCUGCCCUCUGCAGCCCACCCGGGCCAGGUGAUGCUCGGACUGAGGGGGUGGGGGAUGCGUGGGCCAAGGGAGGCGGCGGGCUCCGGAACAUCGGCUAUUCUAAUAAAACCGUGCUUUUUCUACUUAUGAGCCGCCGCGUCGAAACCGCUACCUCCUAAGGAUGCGGCUGGGCCGCCGGGCCCUCUGUGUGCUCGUCCUGCUGCUCGCCUGCGCCUCGCUGGGGCUCCUGUACGCGAGCACCCGGGUCGCGCCGGGCCUCCGGACACCUCUUGCGCUGUGGACGCCCCUACAGGGCAACCCCAGGCCAGAACUGCUAGGUCUUGCCCCUGAGCCCAGAUACGCACACAUCCCGGUCAAGAUCAAGGAGCAAGUGGUGGGGCUGCUGUCUGCGAACAAUUGCAGUUGUGAGUCCAGUGAGGGAAGCCUUCACCUCCCCUUCCAGAGGCAGGUCCAAGCCUUUGACUUCACCAAGGCCUUUGACCCUGAGGAGCUGAGCACUGUGUCUGCCUCGAGGGAGCAGGAGUUCCAGGCCUUCCUUUCAAGGAGCCAGUCUGCUGCUGACCAGCUGCUCAUAGCCCCUGCCAACUCCCCGCUACAGUACCCCCUGCAGGGUGUGGAGGUCCAGCCCCUCCGGAGUAUCUUGGUGCCAGGACUGGGCCUGCAGGCCACUUCCGGUCAGGAGGUAUACCAGGUGAACCUGACUGCCUCCUUGGGCACCUGGGACGUGGCAGGGGAAGUAACUGGAGUGACUCUCAUCGGAGAAGGGCAGCCAGAUCUCACCCUCACCAGCCCAGGGCUGGACCAACUCAAUCGGCAGCUGCAACUGGUCACUUACAGCAGCCGAAGCUACCAGGCAAACACAGCAGACACAGUCCGGUUCUCCACCGAGGGACACGAAGCUGCCUUCACCAUCCGCAUAAGACACCCACCCAACCCUCGGCUGUACCCACCUGGGUCUCCACCCCAGGGAGGUGAGACUGCCCAGUACAACAUCAGCGCUCUGGUCACCAUCGCCACUAAGACCUUCCUUCGUUACAAUCGGUUACGGGCACUCAUCGCCAGCAUCCGCCGCUUCUACCCAACGGUCACAGUGGUAAUCGCGGACGACAGCGACAAGCCAGAGAGCAUUAGAGGUCCCCACAUCGAGCACUAUCUCAUGCCUUUUGGCAAGGGCUGGUUCGCAGGCCGGAACCUGGCCAUAUCCCAAGUAACCACCAAGUACGUGCUGUGGGUGGACGAUGACUUCGUCUUCACGGCACGGACGCGACUAGAGAGGCUUGUGGACGUGUUGGAGAGGACGCCGCUGGACCUGGUGGGGGGCGCGGUGCGCGAAAUCUCCGGCUUCGCCACCACCUACCGGCAGCUGCUGAGCGUGGAGCCCGGCGCGCCAGGCCGCGGGAACUGCCUCCGGCAGAAGCGCGGCUUCCACCACGAGCUCGUCGGCUUCCCGGGGUGCGUGGUCACCGACGGUGUGGUCAACUUCUUCCUGGCGCGCACUGACAAGGUGCGCGAGGUCGGCUUUGACCCUCGCCUCAGCCGCGUGGCGCACCUGGAAUUCUUCCUGGAUGGACUUGGUUCUCUUCAAGUGGGCUCCUGCUCAGACGUCGUUGUGGAUCACGCAUCCAAGUUGAAGUUGCCUUGGACCUCAAGGGAUGCGAAGGCAGAGACUUAUGCUCGGUACCGUUACCCGGGAUCACUGGACGAGAGUCAGGUGGCCAAACAUCGCCUGCUCUUCUUCAAACACCGGCUGCAGUGCAUGACUUCAGAGUGAUGGCCACUUGGGGCCUUUCAGCUGUCAGACUAGGCCUGCCUCCUUGUCCCUGCCAGGAAUUCCUAGCAAACCCCGCCAGCCAGUGACCACUCCACUGACUGUCCCAGUCUCCUUCAGAACUUGAUCCCAAACAGGGGCUUGUCCUGGUGUCCCUCCUCCUUUCUGCAAGUGCCCAGGGGCAUGAUGGAGCCAUAACUUGUCCCACAGCCAGUGCCAAGUCCUCCCCCCUACCCCUUCUCCUAGGGCAGGGAGUGGGGGGUUGCUUUUCAAGUGCCAAAGAGCCCAAAGGGGGACUCUAAAAACCUAAAGCAGAAAUACUCUCCUCUCAUCUCCUUGGUACUAAGGGGUUGGGGAAGCCCCCAGUAUAUAGUCCCAGGGCUGUGCCCCGAUCUCUGGAUCCAGGACUCUGUGCAGUGGCUGCAGCCUCACCCCCAUGGAGAGAAUGGAGUUGGAAUGGGGGCUGGUGAACAUACAGGGGAAAGCCAUU